GCUUCUACUGCAGAAAUGGCUUCAGAAGCAGAGCCAAUAGAACUUGAAGAAAGCGCUGGUGAAGAAGUAGUAGAUCUUACAUGUGAAUCUUCUGAUCCUGUAGUCGUCGAUCUAACUCACAAUGAUUCUGUUGUGAUCGUUGAAGAGAGUCAACGACAAAGGAGAAAUCUCCGACUGAGAAGCCAGCGACAGUCGGACAGCUGUGUACUGAGUAGCGAUGAUGAAGAUGAAACAAGAGAUAAUGAUGUGUAUGUGACAGAUAAAGUGUCUCAAGAGUUGGGACCACUGGAAGAUGAAACUGCAAGUUCAAAGCCGUCUGGUACCGUUAGCUGUCCCAUUUGCAUGGAUGGCUACUCAGAGAUUGUACAAAGUGGACGGCUGAUUGUGUCGACCAAAUGCGGCCACGUCUUCUGCAGUCAGUGCCUCCGUGAUUCCCUUAGGAAUGCCAACUCAUGCCCAACCUGCAGGAAGAAGCUCACUCACAGACAAUAUCAUCCUAUUUAUAUAUGAGUAUUUCUAUUUCUCAGGACAGACUCAACAGGAUUUUUUGGGGAAAUGUCAUGUUUUGAGUGCUCUGAAGAUUUAAAGAG